UGUCACGCGCACAAUCACCAAGAUGGCGCAAGGAGAGACUAACCGCUGGGUCAGCGUGACCCUUGAUACUCUGCUCUUGCACGACGGCUUGCAGAAAGUCACGGACCUAGUUGAAUUGCCGGCUGACGUGCAACAAGGCAACGGCGACCAGUCAAUGGAAAUCGUGUCAUUUGACUCAAACAACCCACAGGAACUGGCACAGCAGCUCAAAUCGUUUUGCAGUAGACGGAAUUUGGCGUAUGGUCAACUGCUACAGUAUCGUCUAAGCUCAAUAGUCGGUUUGUGGCGUUCUCAACGCAAAGAGACGAAAGAUGAGAUUUGCAAUGUAAGAGAAAGAGACAGUGAAGAAGACAAGAGUGUUAGUGAAAGCAUACCGUUCACUUCACGUGUUAGUCUAUUGUUAGUCUUUCCACUGUUGGAAUUGGAGAGCUCAACUCGUCCAGAGUUGAGAGUGAGGACGAGCAGACUGUUGCUUGAAUGUUUGGCUGACUACCCGCCAUUGGCUCUUAUCAGAGAGCCGAAAGAUUGUUUCCCCGAGUUGGAAAUGUUGCUCUGCAACUGGUUGGACAAAGAACGAGAUAUCUCCGCUAGUAGAGAGGAGAUGGAAACCACAGCGGCUUGUCUAGUUGCGUUAGCAUGCGCAAGGGGAACUGUGAGGAUAUUCGUAAAGACGAUUCAUGUUCUCGAAUCAUUUGUUGGUCACAUGAAGCAACUAGGAGUAAGAAGAGUGCUGCAGAGAUUGGCCGACGCCAACAGCAAUCCAUCAGGUCUUCUCUGUCUACUCGCAGUAAACCAUGUUGUCUGUUGGACGUUUGACGACAGGCUAAAGAAAUUGAAAGCUAAAUCAGAGUGGGAGAGAGGAAGGUCUGUUGCUUGUGAUGGUCGCUUCUUGUAUGCUACUGGAAUGAAAGGCGUUGGGCUGGUGAAGUUGGGGACGGGUCUGCAUGGAACUAUAAGGGGCUACCAGUAUUGUAUCAAGAAUGAGAUGGAUGCUGGUUGGGUAGUGUGGGCAGAUGGGCAUCUUCUGUACAGGCCAGCUGUUUCAAGUUGUGCAUCGUUAUUAGCAAACCUAGUUGAUACGGCAACACUAAAGGUUGUUGGUGCCGUGAAUUUGCCUGAGAACGACAAGCUUUCUGCAGGCAGUAGGACAACACUAUGCCUCUGCAGUGAUGGCCAGUAUGUUUUCUGGGUGUGGUAUGGUAGCCAGCCAGUCUCAGUAUCAAACUCAAAUGGUGGCAAGACGAGAGUCUUACCCGUUUACGUUCAACCUUUUCGAUUGAAGAGUGACAUGCAGGGAGGUUUGUUGGCAGAGCCUUUGUGCAACAGUGUUCUUAUUCGACACAAAGAUAAUGCCUCAUUCAGGUUACACAGUAGUUCUAAGCUUAGCAGUCCGUUUUCUUCUCGAUACCAAGCAGCUGCUCUAUCUGCUGCUAGUCUGGUGUCUGCAGUGAACACCAAAGAAGAUCCUGAUGCUACCAGCUGUGGCUUAACAACAAAAGUACUGAGCAAGGCAGUCUUCUUUACUGACGGAACAUUUCUUGUCAUUGUGAUUGGUCAAGGCACAGGCAGUGCAUCAUCUAGAUCUCUGUUCGGUGGAGCUCCAUUGAGUAAAGGUGUGCUGACUAGUUUGUGUUUUGACUUGACACAAGGAGAGUGUCGUGGUCGAGUAGAGUUGAAUGGAACGGGCAGUAACGCUUUCUCUCGUGGCAGUGCAGUAGAUGGAGCUGGGAUGUGCUAUGAUCCUGUAAACAAUGCUAUUUGGACUUGUGUUCAUGAUUAUAUUGACCAAUGGCGAAACACCUGCCAACUCUCUAAUCAUCAUGCAUCUAAACGACUGGGUCUUCCUGAGCUUCAAUAUCAAGUGCCAAUGUCUGUGAACAGUGAUGACCAACAACUUGUGUCAGUGGAAGAGACUAGGCGGGUCCUGUUACAGCACUUGGGAAUCAUAUGUUGCAAUGAAUUAGCUGCUGACCAAAAGUCUCACCAUGGCGAUGAGAAAGCACCAAUGAUUGACUCUGGAUUCUUGCAGUGUACUUUGCAGCUACUAACUAACGCAGUCGACAGAGAUGAUGUGAUUGGGGUUCAGUGUAUUUUAAUGGUUGUAGAGGUUGUAAUCACUUCCUUGAAUUUUGAGAAGCAACCGUUAACUGAAGGCUUUUCUUUGUAUGCUUUAAGGGAGUCAGUGUGGAAGCUAGCUACAGACUCAGGUCAUAAUCAUAUCCAAACAGAAGCGGCUCAUCUCAUUUGCUCUGGUCUCCACAUCUUUUAUCCAUCUGCUGAUGAUAUCCACUCUGUUGUCACAAGGGUUCUGGAUCUGCCAGCUGAUAGUCCUGGAUCGGUGCUUCGUGAUCAACUAUUGCUGAAACUUGCAUCUCAAUUUAAUUCUGAUGCUUCAGCUAGUCAGUGCAUUGCUUCUGUAAUGAGCAUGCCAGAUGCAAUUGUUGAGCAUGUGUUUCGUUUUGUUAUUGAAGAAGCCUACAGCAUAACUCGAGAAGUACAGACAGCAUCUGUGGAGCAACUAGACAAACUGAUGUCACUCACACCUCAAAUGUCUCCUAGGCUGACGUUUGUGUCGUCUGUUGUGUCUUCUCUGCUUACACAAAUUUUACUUUGUGGCUCUGAUGAACAAAAAAGUGAUGAAAUUCAGACUGCAGUUUGUCGUGUUCUUCACCUUGGUCAGAUGGUAUUUGAUGGCUGCCGUCAGAUACUUGACACUUUGUUGGAAUUCUGCGAUACUGUGAUAAGUGAGGACAGCGUGGAGAGAAAGAUGCGGCUGAAUGCUCUUGAGCGUGUGACAAAAGGGACUGCUCUUGGCCGUCUUUUGCCUCUUCUUGUUUGUUGUCUCAAUCAUUCUUCACUGAAGUGUCUACAUUUGGCAGAGAGCCUUGUCGGUCAUCUUGUACGUCUCACUGUGUUGACAAGCAAAGCUGCUCUGCUAUUCAAACAGAAGGCUCCCGCAUCACUGAGACAGGACUCUGUUGAAGCAAUUGCUCAAACUGGACUGGCUACCAAGGAAGAAGUGUCUUCACAGCUGUUAGACAGUCAGGAAGUAGGUUAUCUUUCUAGUCUUCCUAUCCCUUCUCCGUGGACGGCGGGAAAAACCGUGGAAACCAUUCAUCCUGUGAGGGACAACUACAAGUUUAAAGAAACAGUCAAAAUACCAGGAGCAAGAAAUCUUUUUUUGAAGUUUGAUCCUCGUUGUGCUUCACAAUACGACUAUGACAAGGUGGUUGUUCACGGUGGUACAACGACUACUAGUAAGAAGGUUGCAGAAUAUGGUGGAAAUGUACACGGUUUUGGGAGUCGAAGUGUACUAGGAUCUGGCUGGCCUAAAGAUCCUAUCAAAGUUGAGGGAGAUGCGGUGACAUUUACAUUUGAAAUGCGGAGUGGUCGUGAGCAUAACACACCAGACAGGGCUUGCUGGGGGUUUGCUUGUACUGUGAGGGCUCAGGAGAGGUUGGAUGAGGGUGAAGGGACUGGCUUACCAUUCAUGGCCGAUCUCGCUCUAGGCUUGUCUGUCCUUAGUUGCUCACUAAUACAGAUUCUCUAUGACGGACCAGCACAAUCUGCUGAUGAGGAGAGUUGUCAAGAUUUGUUCACACAUCCUCUAAUGCACAGGUGUGUUUGGCCGUCGUCUAUGAUGACUGCUGAUUCAGUUGUACCGGACAAGCCACUGUCGUGCGAAGCUGUAAAGCAGUUGAGAGCUGGUAGUGGUAAAGUUGCUCCAUCUCUCAGACCAAGCAUUGAAAAGAUUGUACAACAGGAGAACAUUGAAUGCUUGCUGGUAUCUGCUGUACUCAAGCAGUUAGAGCUACUAGCAGAUGUGAGGGAUGGAAAUAACAUCAUGGUAUCUCCUAUUAUUCCAUACCUCUUUACUAAGGUUGAUGCACUCAUUAGGCAAAUAGCAAGCAUAUGCGAGACUGAGAUGAACUGGUUGCAUGAUGUGUCUGAUGUUACUCGUGGUGUGUUGCAACCAGUAGACACAUUCUUUGUCCAUUAUGCUGAACUAGGCAAAGUGCGUGAACUGCAGCUAUUGUGUGACAUGGUAAACAUUGAAGUGAAUCCCCUCGACUGGUUUGAGACAGUAAGGCAGUUGACUGAAGAACUAAACAAACAAGUUCAUACUCAUAAGCAAGACGGCGACUCUGCUGUUUCUGUGGAUUGUAAACUCACAAGAACAAAUCACAUUGUUAAAACCGUAAUUGAGAAAGCUGAACUGCUUUUUCACAUCACUUUAUCUCUACCUGUUAGAGGAACAUCAACAUCUGAUCAUUUAAUCUUUAGCAAAGAGACCGAACAGGUACCAUCAUUUGCUCGAUCAGUAUCUGCUCCAUCUGAGCUACAGAACAUGAGAGCAGAACUAAAAGAAGGCAUUCAUGAACUACUCAAGCUGAGACAGUGGCAGACUAGCUACAAGAAAAAAAAACAACCUCAUAAACCAGUACAACUGUCUGCUCAAAUGGAAUCUACUGGUUCUUCACCUCAACAGCAGUUCAUAGAUGAAUUAUUGUCUUUUGUUAGUGGUGGGGUUGGAGAGAUUGGCAUCACUGGCAAGUUUAUGUCUGCAUGUACACUACGUCGGAACAGGGGACAGAGCCGAUCUCAAGCAUUGCACUACAUGAAACAGUUAAUGGAUGUUGCUCGUGAAGUCGGAGGAGCAACACAGUUAGUGUCAUACAUUACUCCAAUCUUGAGUCAAGGUCCACGGGCUAGUGAGUUGAUAUGUGGCGGUCUUGAUGACACAGUUCACUCUGGGUUUGAAGAAGCUCUUGCUGCUGUAGUCAAUCUGGCACGCCAGCAGCCAAUCGCAUGUCUCAAUAGUAUCGGUCUGUUGUGUGUCAUUCCAUACAGCAAAGCCGAGGAAGCAUGUUUAGUUGGUAGUGGGUUACUGCAGCUUUUGGAUGUGCUCUGUAGCCCUAAGGCAGUAACUGGAGAUCGUGAGGUGCAGCGCAAAGUAGCUGCUAUUGCUUGGGCUGGCUUUCGUGUUCUAGCUGAUCGUUGUGUGUCAUGGGAGGAAAAAGACCAGAAUCAAACAACAAGGACCGAAUCAGGUCUUGCUCACCAAGUCUCAAAUCUUCUCAGUAAUCACUUGGCGAGAGUAUCUCAUGGCCACUCGGAGGCUCUUCAUGAUGCCUUGGCUUAUCACCAUUCACUUUCUCAACGUAGUAACAUGGGAAAGGCUAUCAUCAGUCAGCCUACAUGUAUUGCUCGGUUGCUCUCUUUAUUGGUUGAACAAAGGCCAACACCCAAACUAGUGCAAGUAGUUUUACAACUUUGUUGUGUUGCACUUCCGUUGAUGUCUGUUGAUGAUAAUGAGUCUGUUUCUAUGCCUGUUCUUCAUCGUUGGAGUAAUGAAGCUGGCUUGUCAACUGCUGCUCAAAUUGUUCAUUUGCUAAUUGCAAAGUUGGGAGACUUUGUCAUGCCAAUGUUUUCCUCCAGUACGGCUAUUAGUAGAUCUGCGACUCCUCAAUGUAUAUCAUCUAGUAGAGUUGAAAUGUUACCAGUUGAUGAGAAGGAUGAAGAGAUGGAUCGAGUGUCUGUGUUUGUUCACAAGCGGCAAGAUCAAUCAGCUCACGAGGUUAUUCAGCCACUUCUAAGUUCAGAUAGUCGCCCGUUUCGAUUAGGUGGAGCUUCAAACAUGGAGAGAGUUAUGAAAAUGGAUCGCAUGAUGAAUCAGACUGGUCGUGCAGAAGCUAUGACUGAAGACAGGCGGCUGUGCUUGAAGAGAGCAGCACGAUGGGCACAGUCUGGGUUUGUCAUUAGUAUUGGAGCUCCAGCUGAUGGAGUAGCAUCUACAACAACAGCUGAUGAUAGGAAGAAAAAAGCCGUGGAGGUUUGUCGAGACAGGAAUGAAGAGUUAGUUCGAGGAGACAAUAUGCGACCAUUCAUUAGUGGCCAUGUCGCCAACUCCAUGGCAAGCGACAUCAUUGCUGUCUUACACAGUUUGCUCUCGUCUAAAGAAUCAAAAACUUGGCAUGUUUGGUCAAACGCAAUUCGUGAAGUGUUGCUGUCAACUCUUGACAGUGUGCCUAGUCUUGUCAGCUCUCUAGCAAGUCAUGCUGCAAUGGAGGAAAUUACAGAGAGAGCAGAUGAAAUAAUGAUUUCAGGAAAGUCUGCUCUUGCUGCUCUCUGUGCUCUUGGUGGCUUCAAGGAGAGUCUUCGUCCUGGUUGUGAUGUACAGAUUAAGGAUCAUGCAGAUCAACCAACAAGAGCCCAGAUUCUUAGUAUUUCAGACCAUGAGGGAGUAGCUACAGUCAGCUUACAUGACCAGACUACUUCCUAUCAUCCUAAACGUAUAAUGCAAGUACCGUUAUGUCGUCUAGUUCCACCAAGCAGUGAAACUCUUCCUCUUGGUCAACUGGAUGUAACAAAUCAGGUUGUGAAGGCUGUUGAGUCUUUGUUGACGUCUUCACUUCCGUCUUCUUUGAUGAUUCCCAUGCAGUCAGUAGACAGAACUCCACCUAUUGAGGCAUUAACAUGUGCUAGAUUGCUUGGAGAAAUGCGAUCAAGAGCUUGCAUGCUGCUGUCUCAGCAUAUUGUCAAGCCUUCAUUUGCCAAGAUCUUCAUGGAAACUGCACAUCAGCCACUAAAGAUGCUUUGUGAGCUAGCGAACAGAUGCUCACCUGGUGAGCGGCUUCCUGUGGUGGAGCAAAUGUGUGAAAAAUUAAGGAUGUUGUACAGAGAUUGCUCUAGACCUGCAGCACCCCCACCUAUGCCCAAACCAAGAGAGAUCAAGCAAAUCACGUUUGAUGUAAACCGCUCGUUUCCUCAGCCUCGUGCCUGCAUACUUUGUAACAAUUACAAAGAUGUCACCUUUCUUGGUGACAGCAGCCCCUCAUCUACAGGCCAUCCUCGUGGCCUCUUAUUGUUCACAACAUCUCCGGUUGAAGCCAGUGCUUCGGGAUUUUACUGGGAAGUGGAAUUAGUUAAUCUCAGUGAUGGUUCAGAAGACGAAUUAAUUCAUUUCUCAAUGGGUUUUAUGCCAAGUGUUGAGUCAGUUGAAGAAACAUGGAACCCUCCAGAAGGAAGUUGCUUGCUUCACAGUACUGGACGUGCCCAUGUGUAUGGUUCAGGAGUACUAGACAGAAAGUCGUUUCCAUUAAAUAUCAGGACAAAUGUCGGUGAUGUUCUGGGAAUGGGUUGGAUGAGAGCAGCAGGAACGCCGUCUGUUGGUGUUGUUUUCAUUACUCACAAUGGCACCAAACUAGAUACUGAAAUUGAAGGUGUUCGUGCUAAUUUGUGGCCUGUUAUUCAUCUGCAAAAAAAGAAUGGUCGAGUUCGAGCCAACUUUGGAUCAUCACCAUUUGCAUUUGAGGAAGGUCAGCAGCUUGCAUCCUCUUCAGAGAGAGAUCCUACUGAAGAUGUACAAAGCACAUUCAGACUUUUGCCGUUUCACUCUGCAAGUGAUACUGACAGUGACUCUGGAGUGGCUUCCACAAGCAAACCUGUUGCUGCAGCCCAAACUACGCACAUCCCAACUGUGCGGCCAUCAUCUCCUAUUGCAACUGUUGGAUAUGAGGCUAGUGCUUCAUCUCGCUAUGAACUGUGCCGAAGUUAUAAUGAUAUGGUUUCAUCUGGUCCUGCAAUUCGUGCUGGUGCUGGUCAGCCUCCUGAAAUGGUAUUUCAAGAGGAUGAUGAGAAAGACAAGUCAGGAGUUGGCCAAGAGGACUUGCAUGGUUUGUUGGUGAAGGCUUGGGAGACAAAAGUGUUUCCUGUCAUAAAGAGAAGAUUUCGAAAUGAAAGUGAAAGGAAAAGUGGCUUGGAGCAGAUAAAGGGAGCACUGCAGCUUGGAAUGGCUGAUAUUGCUCGUCAAACAGUUGAAUUUUUGUAUGAAGAGAAUGGUGGUAUUCCUCGGGAUCUCCACUUGCCAACACUCGUGGAAGUCAAAGCAGACACAGAGAAAUUCACAAUAGGACGACUUCAUAAAGGAAUGUCUGUUGUGAUUCGAUCACUCGACAACAGUGGCAGUCUUCCUAAGUUUGGCAUUGUCAACAUGAUUAAAACAUUUGGUCUCAUUGGAACUGUUUUGGACCUUGAUAAGAGUCACGAGUUAGUCCAAGUGGAAACUUACUUAGAGAGUGAAGGUGCACUUGUAGAUUAUUGGUAUCCCGUUUCUGCAUUAGAGAAGCCUCCCAGAGGGCACCAGCAUGUUCAGAAAAACUUGACUGCUGCUUCAAUGGACAGUCUGGCAUUUCAUCGAGUUUUGUUGCAGUCAGAAGCAAAGCUUUCUCGUUUGUAUUGUCGGUCGGCUCUACUGACUCUCCUAGAUUGUGUACCUCCAUCUGAUGUUUUAAGUGAUGUUGAUCAGCUAAGGCUGCUAUCAUGUCACUUGCUAUGUUGUCCUCAACCUGACGGUACUGCUCAACUGAACAACUUAAAUACAGCUCCCUCUGCAGAGCAAUGUCUUCAGAGCAUUACUUGUUCUCCUCUCGUGACAUUUUUUGCUACUGGUGAGAAACAACUGACUACAAAGCUCAUGUCUAUCACUGAGAAAGCGAGCUCAUCCAAGCAGCUGAGUGAUUUAGCUAGUAGCUUGUGUUGUGUACUUCAAGGAGCUCCAAAAUCUUUUCAACUUGUUGAACUGAAGAUCACUGAGAACAGCAGCAGCAUGGAUGUUUAUCUAAUGGGAGCUGCUGCAAUUGUUUUAGCUUGUCAAUCUAGUGGAAAGAGGCCUAGUGAGAGCAAUGGCCCAUGGGCAAGGCUACUUAUCUACCGAGGACCAAGUGAAGGCAGUCAACAUUUACAGACCGAGCGUUUUGAGAUCAUGCGCUAUCCUAAUGAUUCCUCAUCCAUGCCAUCAUCAAAAGCUAUCUCAUCUGCUGUCUAUUGUGGGGAUCAUUUCCCAUCCUGUAUUCUACCAUGUGAUCGACUCCAUGUUGUUACAGGAGCAUAUCCAAAUGCUAAGGCAUGUCUAAGAUUCUUUGCUGUUCCACCUGACUUACCAAUAGCUCUGGCAUUCAUGGUGACACUAGUAGACAAUUUUGACAAAUUAUCGUCAACAGCAGGCGUGGAGCAUGUUGCCCACACACUUAUGCAUUGUGCGGAGUCUUUAUGCAAGCUCCUGUGUCGAGCUGAACUGGCCAUUAUAAUCAGAGAACACAUAUUUCAUGUGUUGUCAAGUAUUCUAAAGUUGUUUUGUUUCAAUUCAAGUCUCUUUCCGUAUGUAGCCAACAUGAAGGUUCAUCAUCAGAAGCUGACCUCUGUGGUGGUUGGUGAGCUGAAAGAACUCGUGGAGAGUGAAACAGACUGUAAGUCACAAGAGAAGGAGGUUGAUGUUACGCUGAAAACAAGUCAGUUGUCCACAUAUUGCCAGUGCUUGUUUGAGGUUGUGUGUGCAUUGUGGUGUGUCAACUGUAAGACUAGAAAACAACAAGAUAUAGGGACACAAGAAGGUUCAGAUGUUGCUGCUUCUUCUGGAGCUGCUGCUGCUCCAAGGAAGAUGUCUCCUCGAAGUGGAAAGGACAAAAUAACAAGCAAGGGAGUAAGUGGUGCAAAGAAACAAAGGACACCGAAGAAGAAAACGCCUAUCAAGAAAGCAAGAGGAGGCUCACCUUCAAGUGUUUCUGUUACUGAAUUAUCUGCUAAAGUUGUUAAGAAAUGUGAAGUGAAACCUGAAAGUGACAGCUAUCCGGAAUGGUUGGAGAGAGCUUUUGGUGCAAUGGCUGCUCUUCAAUGUUUAGUUCAUAGACAACAGGAAUGUUUAUCAAGUAUUUUAAAGGAUAUAGUGAAAGAGGCAUCAGGAAAAGCCUCCUCUGUUGCAAUAAACCGUCGUCUUUUGGUCAUACGUGGUCUUCCUGAAACUACUAGUGCUGAUCAAAUUGCAACUGUUUUAUCUCAUAUAUGUAGUGGGCAUGGUGGGCUGCGCAGAGGUGAGUUGUACUUACCAAGAACAACAAGAAUUUGUGAGGUAGAAGAGGAAGUAGCAGUGGCUUCUAAUCAAGUACAAGUUGAUGAUUCUACUGAACAUGAAAGCGAAAGUCCUGAAGAAAUAGAGGUACCAUUGUCAGCCCAUGUUUCUUUGGUCAGUCAGGUCGAGGAAUUGGCGACACAGGCAAGGAACAUUGCAUCCACAGUUGAUGAUGUUGAGCAUGGACAUCUAGCAAGUUUACAAGUGGCAUUGUCUGAGGCUCAUGAUGCUCUGUCAUCAGCGAUGGGAAACAGUAUGACAAGGCAGCUUGUUGAACAGGCACUUGGUUCUGUGGGUGUUGACUCGGAGUCUGAUAGGGAAUGUGAUGACAUGCAAGAACACUUUGGUGCUAGGUCUGUUAGUGCCUUGUUUGUUGAAGCUGAAGCUUUAGCUCAAGAACUUGCCCUAGAUACAGCUGUAGAAAGAGACGAUUUGUAUGCAACACUAGAAGUUGACCUGACUGAUGAUGUAGACCAGACUGAUGAUGCAGACCAUACCGAGGAAGAAACACAUCGAGACUGGGUUACAGCAGCUAGUGUAACUGGUGAUGUCUCAAUAGAAGAGACACAUUUGUCUCAACAGCAUGAUGUAACAGAGGUAGACAAGAAGGAGGAGAAGUCAUUUGAAAAAAGGACCGAGGCAAGAGAGUGUUGUGUAGGUGUAGCGGUGUUGGAAGUUCGUUGUGCUGCGAAGCUGCCUAGCAUUAUAGCUGCAUUGAUGGAUUCGAGUCAGUUGACUCAACAGGGAGGAAACAAACUUAGUGUUCAAGCAGUUAAUGACAGUCUGCAAUGCAGUGAUGCGGAAUUACAAGCCAUUUUACGGCAAUUCUUACUCUAUAAACUUGUACAAGAAGAGAGACUGACUCAAGCAGCACAUACAGCCUUUGCUGCUUUGUUCCAUUCUUGUACAGGUGGGAAGAAAUCUCUUGGGUUGUCAAAACAGGAAGCCGGUGCCAACACCCUGAUAUCCAGACUAGUGUCUUGUUGUCAACCGUCUGAAGGUAUGAAGAGUCUGUUUACAGAGCAAAAGACAAUGGUCAAUGAGCCGUGUUUCUUGGAUUGGUUAACAAAGCAAGCUGUUAUGAACCCUGUUGAUGUGUGGAAAGCUCUCAUUGGUUGUGGCUAUGACCUCCAACUCAACUGUGUUGCUGAGAAACUGAGUGAUGGCUGGGAAUGUAGUUGGCAUGAGCAGAUGGACAGAGCACUAGUUAUCCACAUUGAUGAGCUAUGUGAUCGUUUGGUGACUACACCUAGCCAAUUGGAACCGGAUGAGGUUUUCCUUGAUGAAUCUGACAUUGCUAGACCAGAAAUGGAGGCUUUACAUGGAGUGAGUCAUGCAAAUGUAGCUGCAAGGUUUGCAUUUCUUUGUGAGGUGAAUCGUGCUGUGGAGCACCUGCUUCCACUUGUUGAUAUGCGUGUGGCCAACACAUAUCACUUGAGUGUAGCAUCACUACUGUCUCAAGCACAGGAUCUGCUCUUCUAUCACACAAAAAUGGUUUUUGUUAAUCAUAUUCUCAAUAUGUCAGCCCAUCGUUCCCCUGAUGAAGCUCCCCCUGAGAUCUCUUUAGAUCCUUUAGAAGUAGUAGGAAGAGAGAUGUCUGAUCUUGCUAGCUUACAAUUCUGUCAAGCAGCUCGACAGUUGAAUGACAUACCAUCAUCUAAAUUGCAUGUAAGACUUGCUGCUGGAGGAGAUCCGACGUUUUCCUUCAAUGUGCGGUACUCUGGAGAAGAAGUUCAUGGAACAAGCGGAUCAUUUAGGCACUUCCUUAGCCAGGUUGCAAAAGAGCUGACUUCACAACUGCCCAUUCUUAUUCCUUGUCCAAGUUCGUCGGCUGGGAGAAACAAGGGAAAGCUGAUGGUGAAACCAGGAGCAAUGGCGUACUCUGAAGAGAAACUCCUCCAAUUCUUUGGACAACUACUUGGAGUUGCCAUCAGAGCUGAAGUGCCAGUUCCUCUUGAUUUACUGCCAUGUUUCUGGAAGAGCUUGUUGGGUUGUCCAUUAGACAGGGAAGAUGACUUAAAAGAAGCUGAUAUUCUGACCUAUAAAUUGUUGAAAAAUCUUGGAGAGGUAGAAACACAAGAAGAAUUUAGUGAAUUGAGUGCCAGUGCAACAAGUUUGAGUGAGGAGCUGUCAAGCAAUCAACUUGUGUUUGUCUAUCCAAGUGUUCGAGGUGAAGAAGUUGAGCUCUGCCCAAAUGGCAGUACACGACCAGUCACUUGGAACAAUCGGCUGGAAUUUGUUCAGCUAGUGAAAGAUCUUCGUCUUACAGAGUUAGCCAGCAAAGAACAAAUAACUGUUAUUCGUUGUGGAAUGGCAUCAGUCAUACCAAUACAGCUGCUUCAUCUACUCACACCAAGAGACCUUGAACUUCGAACAUGUGGACAGCCUGAAAUCAACUUGGCAUACUUGAAGGCACACACAAUGUACCAGGUAGGACUAAUGGAUACAGAUAAACACAUCCAAUAUUUCUGGAGGGCACUAGAGAGCUUCUCUCAGGACGAACUACGACGAUUUGUUAAGUUUGCUUGUAAUCAAGAGCGAAUACCCAUGGGACAGCCAUGCCGUGCAUCAUCAGACAUUCAUAUUCCACCAUUUCCAAUGAAACUAGCACCUCCUGAUGGAAAAGGCCCUCCAGAUAGUCGGUUUAUUCGUGCAGAAACAUGCAUGUUCAUGAUCAAACUACCUCAAUACUCAUCACAGCAGAUUAUGUCAGAACGAUUGCUGUAUGCUAUCAAUUGUAGAGAAGAUCCUCUUAGUGGAUGAAAGUAGGAUCACAUCAUUGUUCAUCAUAUGCUCGUACAAAUGAUCAUUACUGUAAUGUAUUUAGUUGUUUUCUAUGCAGUUGUGUAUGCUUAGUUGCGUUGUAAAACAACUGAAUGUGAUAUGACACGCGAUAUAUAUCAUGUGACAUGUUCAUGCA